UGUUCGCUGGCAGAUGAAUUCUCUUAACGCAGGGCUUGCUAGAAAAGCCUUACUGACGAGUCUUCUAACGGGACCAGGAUAAUAUGCUUUCCUUUCUUUUCCUCAAUAUUCCAUGUUUAUUCCGAGCAUAUUCCAUCUUCAUCUUUGCAUCUAUAGCACAGCACCCUAUACAGAAAUGAUGUUCAAAGCCAUCUAGCAGCAGAUUCGUACUGUACAACGGACUCCUACUACAGACGAGAAAGCUAAAUUAUAAAAUAUAAGUUCAGGAACAGAAAAAUAUAGUACUAUUGGAUUAUGUCAAGCACGAUGUUACGUUUAACAACAAACAGAUCGUUAUAUGCAUUUUUCUUUCCAUUUCAAAAAAUUGGAGAUGAAGACCGUAUUAACAACGAAUUGAAACAACCUGAAAUAAUUGAAAUAGAAUCUUUAUCUCCAGGCGAAAUUGGUAUAGAUAGAUUAAAACAUAUGUUUCAUGAUAGGAACGGUAAUAUAUCCAAUGAAGUUCAAUCUAUUGUGAGUGCCACAGUUGCAGGUGUAAUAGGAGGAUUUAUUUAUGGUGGGGUAGCAAAAACAAAAGAUAUACCAACAAAUUUUAUAAGGGAGAAUCAAGCUACAAAGUGGGAGAGCACUUUCUAUGCAAAGAGACAAUUACACAAUACAUAUGCUUUGGAAUUUUUCAAAAAGGGUACACGUAUUGGCUUAUCAGCAGGAAUCUUUUGCUUCUUAUUUCAGAGCACAUCAGUUAUGAUGUAUGUAUAUAGAGGCAAAUUUGAGAUAAUCAAUUGUACAGCUGCUGGGGCUUUGACAGGAGGUCUGCUUAAAAUCGAUAUGGGAGUUAAAGGAACAAUGGCAGGUACAAUUAUUGGUAGUCUAUUGGGCAGUAUUUAUGGUGCAGUGGCAAAGCUACUAUUGUACAUUACUGGAGCUGAGCUAAGUGACUUGUAUGAAAUACAUUUCCGACUCAUGCAAAAGAGACGAGAUAAUUUAAAAUAUGCAUCUACAACUUACAUGAACGAUGAAAUAAUAAAGCUUAGAGAGAAGUAUGUAGAAAAUAAGCUACUGCAAGAAGCAGCCAAAUCUCAAGAAAAAUCAGAGUAACAUAUUACUAAAAAGAACUGUACUUAGAAUGUGAAUAAAUAUGUAUCAUUGUUUUAUUUAUUUAAUAA